AGCUUCACUUAAGCAAGCGCCGUGGCGUUUUCUCCGCGCGGGGGCCCUUCGGCCCGAGGCUCGCGGAAUGGAGAAUCUCACGACGGGUGCUGUCCUGAAGGACAAGUUGACGGGUAUCGCCACGGACUUGAUGAGCAAGGUGGACCAUGCAGUGGAGAGCCUCGGCAAGACCAAGCCCACGGAGGACGCACCCAUCACCUUCAAGGUGGUGCACCGAGGCGGCGCGCUCGUGCGCAGUGGCUACGAGACAACCUCGGCCCAGGUGCACCAGCUCUCUGAGGGGGAGAUCGCCACAGUGGUGGAGCAAGCAGGGCGGCGGGUGCGCAUCAUCAGCCCGGUGGAGGGCUGGGUCUCCGUGGAGACGAGGGACGGAGUGACCAUCAUGCGGCCAACCGCCAUUCAGCGAAGAGGGUACAAGAAGGAGGCCUUUGAAAGUCACUUCGAGAGCAAGUUCGAGCGCCUCAAGGCGAAGCAGCGCCAGGGCUAUGAGAACGACCCACGUGCAGAGGAGCGGUACAAGGAUCGCAGCCCUGAGCAGCCGUACAGGGACGACGACCGCUACGACCGGAGCGACCGUCGCUACGAUGACCGCAGGGAGAUGCGGGACGACCGGCGGGACGACCGGCGGGACGACCGGCGGUAUGAUGACCACAGAGACCCCCGGGACGACCGGCGGUAUGAUGACCGCAGGGACCCCCGGGAUGACCGGCGGGAUGACCGGCGGGAUGACCGGCGGGAUGACCGGCGGGAUGAUUGGGACGAACGUCGAGAAGAGAAGAAGGAGAAGCCAAAGGCGGGGGUGGGGGGUAUGGGGAUUCGCUGCCCGGCUCGAGCGCGGCAACCGGCCAUGGCCGGUCCGCUGGGUCAGCUGCCUGGACUCAUCUGGGACGGCGCGCGCCAGCGCUACUUCGCCGCGAGCGCCGCGAGCGCCGCGCAAGGCGACGGCGCCGGCGACUCGGAUGACCGGGAGCGGCACCAGAAGCGCGAGCGCGAGGUGAGCGUGGAGCAGCUGCCGGUGGAGGCCGCCGUGGCGAGGAGCCUCGAGGUGCGGCGGAGGUCGAAGGGAAGUUGCGCCAUCUGCAUGGAGAGGCUGGAUGGGCGGAAUCUGCGGCUGCCGUGUCGCCACAGCUUUCAUGUCAAGUGCCUGAGCCCCUGGAUGCAGCGAAGGGGAAGCUGCCCCAGCUGUCGGGCGGCAGUGGAUGCUGCGCUGCACGCCGCGCAGAAGUCAGCACGGGAGACUUGGGACGGGACUGAGGAGACAGAAGCUACAGAGACACAGGUGAGCGAGACCUAGCACUGCCCUGGUUUUUGUGGCCUGGCAAAGUGUACAUAACGUGUCCACUUGUCUUGCUGGUGCUCCCCUUAAAUGAAACCCCAAGGGCUGGUUUACAAGGGUCAUUCCCU